AUAAUUUAAGGUGGGGGAGGAGGGGCCGUGGCAGAGCAUCUUUGGCAAGCGAAAGUGGCACACGCAUACGUUUGCAACUCUGAAGAAAUCUGAUUCCACUUGGUAUUAAAAUAAUGCAGAAUUACUAAGCUCAUCAUCGGCUGGAUAGAGGAUACAUCUCUCUCUCUCUCCCACAUCGAAAAGUUGACUUUAAAGCGACAAAUUCAAAGGCCCAAGAAAAUUGAUUUUUCAUUUCGGAGUUUGUGGGUGUGGGGUCAUUCUUGAUUCUUCUCUAUGAAGCUGGGAAUCAUUACAGGUCUAAAAUUACAAUGUCCGAACCUCUUAAUUCUAACGACGAUUUCCCAUGCCAGGUUUUAUCUUGUAGGGGGAGGGGGGGGAUUUCACGAGACAUUUUAUCAGAUAGCUUUGUUGUUGAGUUGGUCCUGAUUGUCGGACUCAAGACAUGUUGUGUCCUUUUUCCUUUUAUGCGUACUUAAGGAAGUGGACUACAAUAAUACAGUAAUUAAACCCCCCAAAAAAUACGCAUCUGGGUCUCAGGGUAUCUUCAGGAAUCUCUACUUUGUGAGUUGUUCCUUUCUCUCUCUUCCUUCUUUUCUGGGGGUGAAGGGUUUAGGGGGGCUGGUGUUAAAAGAAAAAUCUUCGCUUUUGUUCAUGUGUUUUUCUGGGUAGUUUUCAAUUAAACGAGAUUACUUGGUUUUUGUGGAUUAGAAUGGAAAUGUUUUCUACGGAGAGUGGUGUUUGUUUCAUUUCUUUUCAUAAAACUAGAAUCUUGAAUCAUAAGGGAAAAGGGUAUCUUCUGACCAGCUAGAGGACGAAUAUUUACAAAGUGGGCUACCUUAUUUGUAGCUUUAUUGUUCCUUUCUUCUCCUUUUGAUUUCUUUUUUGGCAUCCUGAAACGAACUUAGUGUUGCUUUCUUUUUCUGGGGUAUGUUGGAUAUAAAAUUGGUUUUAUUCUUCAAUUUAUUCUAACCCUGUCGCUCCUGAUUUGAUAAUCUUCUAGUUGACUGAUAGUGGGUUUGAAGUGGAAAAAAGUGAAACCUAAUCUUCCUUUUCUUCUUCAUCUUCUUCUUAGCGUCAAGCGUCUUGUUUCCAAUUAGCUUUUGGAGACCGGGAGAUUUUUAAUCGACACUAUUAUGGAGGAUGGUCUUUUCCCACCCAGUAGCAUGCUUAGCGCUCCACAGGAUUCAACUACGGACUUCGAUUACAUGGACGAACUUUUGUUUGAAGGGUGCUGGUUGGAGACAACAGAUGGAUCUGAGUUCUUUACAAAUCCCACUCCAUCAACUUCUACAUCCCUUUUUGACCCUUCACUUGGAUGGCUUUCCUCAGACAUCAGCAAUGGCAUCUGGAGCCCGAGUCAAUCUCAAAUUAUCAAUCCAGAAGAGAGGCAGAGAUCAUUAUUGCCUGGAAAUUCUUAUGUAAAUGAAUCCCCAGGAAGAAGUUUUGUCAAUCCCCCAUCUCUUAUUCAGAACAUUGGUAACGUUAACCAGUUGGGAAGCUACAGGGCUGAAGUUUCUCAGCUAAGCAGAACAUGGUGGAUUGGACCCAAGGCGAAUCCAGGUCCUGCUUCUUCUGUAAUGGAGAGAUUAGGACAGGCACUUGGUUACAUCAAAGAAUUCACUAGAGACAAAGAUGUCCUUAUACAGAUUUGGGUUCCUGUAAAUAGAGGAGGUAGGCGUGUUCUAACAACUAGCGACCAACCUUUCACGCUGGACCCCAAUUGUCAGAGUCUUUCAAAUUAUAGAAAAAUCUCAGUUAAUUAUCAGUUUUCAGCUGAGGAGGAUUGCAAGGACUUGGUCGGACUGCCUGGUCGAGUUUUCUUGGGUAAAGUUCCUGAGUGGACUCCUGAUGUGCGAUUCUUUAGAAGCGAAGAGUAUCUACGAGUGAAUCAUGCUCAAAUGUGGGAUGUCCGAGGAACCCUAGCCCUUCCUGUCUUUGAGCAAGGUAGUAGGACUUGCUUGGGUGUUAUUGAGGUUGUGACAACUAGUCAAAUGAUCAAGUAUCGUCCUGAACUUGAAAGAGUUUGCAAAGCACUUGAGGCUGUUGAUCUUAGGAGUUUUGAAAUUCCAAGCAUUCAAAAUGACAAGGCAUGUGACAAGUCCUACCAAGUUGCAUUACCUGAGAUUCGAGAUGUUUUGAGAUGUGCCUGUGAGACACACCGGUUACCAUUAGCCCAGACUUGGGUCCCAUGUGUCCAACAAGGUAAAGGAGGUUGCCGGCACUCUAAUGAAAACUAUGUCCGAUGUGUUUCCACUGUGGAUGAUGCUUGCUAUGUGGCUGAUCUCAGCGUUCAGGGAUUUCAUGAGGCUUGUUCGGAGUAUCACUUAUUGAAAGGUCAAGGUGUUGCAGGGGAAGCAUUUUUGACUAACCAACCAUGCUUCUCAGCUGAUAUAACUUCCUUUAAGAAGACCGAGUAUCCUCUAUCUCAUCAUGCAAGAAUGUUUGGGUUGCAUGGUGCUGUUGCUAUACGCCUGCGGGGUAUCCAUACUGGUAAAGCUGACUAUGUCCUGGAGUUCUUCUUACCUGUGGACUGCAUAGAUCCUGAAGGACAGCGAAAGAUGCUAAGUUCACUUUCCAUCAUCAUACAAAAGGUUUGUCGGAGCUUACGGGUUGUAACAGAGAAGGAGCUGGAGGAGGAGACUUAUUCACAAACUAGCGAAGUGAUAAUCCCUUUAGAUAACAGACCAAGUAGAGAAGAGAUGUUACAAGUGGAGUGCACUCAUUCCGAGGAGUAUUUAAGAGAAAAUUCCUGUUGGACUGCUUGUCUUACAGAAGUCCAAGAUAGUGGUACUGCUGCCUCAUUAUUCCAAAAUGAAAAGCCCAGGCGAAUGUUGGAGGAAGAACUGCUGGAGGUUGGGCAACAGCAGGAAAAUUUUAGUUUGAAAGGAAGUUUCAAAUAUGAUGUAGGUUGUGUUUUCAAUGAGAGUAGCUUCUCAAGUGUGACUAUGAGCAAAGGUGGGGAGAAAAGGCGUGUCAAAGCAGAGAAAACUAUCACUUUGCAAGUUCUUCGACAAUAUUUUGCUGGAAGUCUAAAAGAUGCUGCAAAGAGUAUUGGUGUUUGCCCUACCACCUUGAAAAGGAUAUGCAGACAACAUGGAAUAAAACGUUGGCCUUCUCGAAAAAUCAAGAAGGUUGGUCAUUCUUUGCAGAAAAUCCAACGCGUGAUUGACUCAGUUCAAGGUGUUUCUGGCCCUUUCCAAAUUGGUUCUUUCUAUGCAAACUUUCCGGAGCUGGCAUCUCCAAAAGCAUCAGAUGCUAGCCCAUUCUCAACUUCGAAGCUGACUAGUAAUCAUCCAAAGCCGUCGAGCAUGAUGCCUGAAGGUCGAAAAUUUAAUUCUUCAAUUGUUGCUUCAAAGUCACCUUCCUCUUCAUGCAGUCAGAGUUCCAGUUCUAGCCAUAGUUGUUCCAGUGGGACAGAGCAACAACCUUCCAUUUUCAGUGCCACAGUUACUGAAGAUCCUAUAGUUGUGGAGAGCUUAGGUGAUUGUGUGGUAAAGAGAGUCAGGAGUGAUGCAGAACUGCAUGCUUGUAGUCAGGAGGGACCAAGACUGCUUCCAAGAUCCCAGAGCCACAUAUCUCUUGGGAAGCAGCCUAAUUUGGAGAGUCUUCUCCCUUUGCCCAAAAAUAGCAGCCAGGUAUCUCAAGAGAUAGAUUCUCAAAAAAUAAAGGUCACAUAUGGGGACGAGAAAAUCAGGUUCCGAAUGCAGAGUAGUUGGAGUUUCAGUGACUUAUUGCAAGAAAUUGCAAGGAGGUUUAAUAUAGAUGACGUAAGUAGAUUUGAUCUCAAGUACUUGGAUGAUGAUUCUGAGUGGGUGUUACUAACAUGUGAUGCUGAUUUGGAGGAGUGUAUAGAUAUAUAUCGAUCAUCUCAAAACCAUACAAUCAGAAUUUCGCUCCAAGUUUCUCAUAGUCUUUUGGAAAGGUCUUCAGUCAGCAGUUGCCCAUCAUGAUCUUAGUGUGUUUUCAGCAAUGUCAAUGAAGCAGUUGUAAGCUGUCUUGAUCCUGAUAAUCCCUCACAAGACAUGGAUUUUUUGGAAAAAUUGCUGAUUAGCAAGUGAGCAUAAGAAAUCUUGUCAUUGUAGGUAGAAGAAACCGUAUAAUCACAGAGGCUUUGGAGCAGAAGAGGUACAGUACAGCAUAGUUGAUUGGCAUGGAAAAAGCCCAGGAAUUUGCAAUUAAAGAAGGGAACUGAUGGAAAUGAUCGGGGAACUUUUGAAGUACAUAAAUUUUCUUUUUUCUGAUGAGAAAUGAAGAUUUUUGGAGCCCUCAGGGUUUUGGUAUCAAUUGCAUGUAGCAGCCCAGAAGGUAUUUUGUCAUUGUUGGGAGUACUGAGUACUGAGUACUGAGCACCCAAGUGCUCUAUCUCAAAUGUCAAAUGUCUUAAUUUAGAAGCAAAAAAAGAGGAGUGAAGUAAAGAACUCCGGUCACCUGGAUAUUGCGAUUAUUCUUAUGGAAAUGUACAUAAUUCAUGGUAACACCCGUAAGCUAUCUACCGCUCUCUAGUCUUCUGGUAAUAAUAAUGUUUCGUGGAUCAUGCAA